UAGCACGCGUCUAUUCUUCUGUGCGCGGAGCCGGUAGCCUCCCGGGCUCCCACAGGACCUUAGCUGACAUCGGAGGUUUUUCCUCUCGUCCUGACCCGCUGGUGAUUUACAGCGGGUGGCAUUCAGCCCGGCUUUCCCGUGCACUUUUCCUCUCGAAACUCUGUCUUUGAGGCUGUAAGCGAAAUAAAAGGCGGUUCGCAAUUUUGUGCGCAAUGAUGUUCCGUUAAAAAAAUGUCACUUAGUCGUCCUGCCUCCUCAGAAUAUCCCGGUAGGGUUUAUUGCUUGGUUGGUUGGUUUGUUUUUGUCUGAAAUUUGGAAGUCUGGGGGUGGGUAAAGAGCUGAGAAAGAGUGAGCCUUAUAAACUUCACGCAGCGUUUGUCAUGUGAAAUCUUCAUCUGUUGAGAAAUAAUUUUGAGUAACCAGAUGGGCUUAUUUCAAGUGGGCAUCUUUUUGUCUCAAAGACGUCUGCAAAUCUCCAUUGAGAACACCCCUGGAUGAGGUUGUCAGAUGCUGGAUGCUGGGGGGUGUCACAUAGGAGCCAUUUGCCCACAAAUUGGAACAAUCCAGUCCUUACCCUGCUGGUGUGCAAACGGCUUGGAAACCUUGUUCUGUCCUCGAAGCUGUAUUGUCCAUCACCAUAUGGGAUAAGGAUUUCCUCUGAUGCAUUAUUUCAUCCCCCAAGUAUCUGUGAAACCAACAAGACUGGGGUUAUGAAGUCAAUUCUAGAUGGCCUCGCAGACACAACUUUCCGAACAAUCACGACGGAUCUCCUUUACGUGGGCUCCAACGAUAUCCAGUACGAAGACAUGAAAGGCGACAUGGCAUCCAAGCUGGGGUACUACCCCCAGAAGUUCCCUCUCUCUUCCUUCAGGGGUGAUCCUUUCCAAGAAAAAAUGACUGGAGGAGAUGAUUCCCUGUUGAGCAUCAUUCCGUCAGAGCAGGUCAACAUCACAGAGUUUUACAACAAGUCCCUGUCCACUUUUAAGGAUAAUGAGGAGAAUAUACAGUGCGGGGAGAACUUUAUGGAUAUGGAGUGUUUUAUGAUCCUGAACCCCAGCCAGCAGCUGGCCAUUGCCGUGCUGUCACUCACCCUGGGCACCUUCACAGUCCUAGAGAACCUCCUGGUCCUGUGUGUCAUCCUCCACUCCCGAAGCCUCCGGUGUAGACCCUCCUACCAUUUCAUCGGCAGCCUGGCCGUGGCCGACCUCCUGGGCAGCGUGAUUUUUGUCUACAGUUUUGUGGAUUUCCAUGUUUUCCACCGGAAGGAUAGCCCCAACGUCUUCUUGUUCAAACUGGGUGGAGUUACAGCCUCCUUCACCGCCUCUGUAGGCAGCCUUUUCCUCACGGCAAUAGACCGGUACAUCUCCAUACACAGGCCGCUAGCUUAUAAAAGGAUUGUUACCCGACCAAAGGCUGUCGUAGCAUUUUGUGUGAUGUGGACCAUCGCCAUCGUAAUAGCCGUUCUUCCUCUGCUCGGCUGGAACUGCAAAAAGCUCAAUUCUGUUUGUUCGGACAUAUUCCCUCUCAUCGACGAGACCUACCUGAUGUUCUGGAUCGGGGUCACCAGCGUCCUCUUGUUGUUCAUUGUCUAUGCCUACAUGUACAUUCUGUGGAAGGCUCACAGCCACGCUGUUCGCAUGUUGCAGCGAGGCACGCAGAAAAGCAUCAUCAUUCAGUCGACGGAGGAUGGUAAGGUACAGAUCACUAGGCCUGAUCAAACUCGUAUGGACAUCAGGUUAGCCAAAACCUUGGUCCUUAUCCUAGUUGUUUUAAUCAUAUGCUGGGGCCCUCUCCUCGCCAUCAUGGUGUACGAUGUCUUUGGGAAAAUGAACAAGCUCAUCAAGACUAUCUUUGCCUUCUGUAGCAUGCUCUGUUUGCUGAAUUCAACAGUGAAUCCCAUCAUCUACGCUCUGAGGAGCAAGGACUUGCGACACGCCUUCCGCAGCAUGUUCCCCACCUGCGAAGGCACCGCGCAGCCCCUGGACAACAGCAUGGAGUCUGACUGCCAGCACAAACACGCCAACAACGCGGGCAACGUGCACAGGGCUGCCGAGAGCUGCAUUAAGAGCACAGUUAAGAUUGCCAAAGUUACCAUGUCUGUCUCCACAGACACAACUGCUGAAGCGUUGUAAGUCAGAGACUUCUCAGCGUUGUGAGAAAAGGAGUUUAAGUUUAAAAAAAAAAUAAAAAUUUAAAAAAUCAACAACACAGAAAACCAAACCCAUGGCUUAACGUGUUUGUACCCUCCUGUAAUAUUUUUUGGUUUGUCAUUGUAAGCUGAGCAAUGAUUGUGUUAAGAGCAUUACCAUCAGCCAGUUCUUCAGGUUUUACAAUUAGGGAUUCUAGCUAAAUUUUCACAAGUUUUUCUAAAAAGGUGUUUACUGAAUAAUAAUGUUUCCUGAAAGAGCACAGAGAAAAUACC